AUGGAGCGUACUGAGCUUUUGGAAUCCCUUCUUGAAGUAUCAACCAACGAAUACUAUGCUCAUCAGUUAAAAGACGAACUUGGUCGAUAUUUUAAUGUCAUGACAGGUGUUGUCGUAGAGUCGGCAAACUUACUCUCUCCACAGAACUUGGAGUGUCAUGGACGCCUGUGCUACCUCUCCGAUGAUAUGUUGGUCACUGCCCUCCUUGUUUUAUGCGAUGUGAGUGAUGCUAUUGAAGAUGAGGAUCGAUGCACACUCCCACCUCCCAUUCGCGAGGCCUACGAUUCAAAGACUGCAAAAAGAGAAUCCGACGCCUUAGUUAAAACCACGAUUUGUGAGGCCUUGUUGCAGCUAUGUUCAACUAAAACUGGACGCCAGUACCUUCGGAGUCUUGGGGUUUACUUCAUUCUGCGCGAAAUGCAUCGUCACGAGUGUGCCGUCGAGCAAAAUCUUGUUGGAAUAGAAGGAGGAAAUGAGUUACAGACUCAAAAGAAUUUGGUUUUUGUCGUUGAUCAGGUGGUUGAUCAGCUCAUUUGUGAAGAAAGUGAACGUCCGAAAGACUAUUCCAGCCUUCGAGAUGUGCCUAUUGAUAAGGAGACAGAGGAGAAGCUGAACAAAGCCAAGGUUGCGUAUAUUAACUCAACCUAA